GUGAGGCCCAACAGCCCUCAACUCCGGUCCAAGUCCCGUCUCCGCUGAAAUCGAUUCAAUCACAACGCCUCCAAACUUGCGAUUUUGCCGACUGUCGAGUUAGGGCAGGCUCGUCCCACUUAAAUUCUUGGCUCCGUCUCUAUUAACUGAUGUCGGGAAGAGAAGAUAGCGACUCCGAUGCUCCGGAGGAAUUCACCGUUGAACAGGCAAUACAAAAGGACGAAGAGAUAAGAACGAUUCAGAAAGAAAAUAAGGCGAGGGUUUUGCGUGAACGAAAAGAACGGCGUAGAACAUGGGCUCAAAAGUUAACACCACGAGUCAAUAAAAGCAUCCAAGAUGCUACAGAGGAAAUCGAAACACAACCAGAGAAUAAAGGAAUGCUCCCAGAUGAUAUCGUCAAAUUGCUUGCUGCUAAUGAGAAGAAAGUUUUCUCCUCCGACUCGGAUGAAGAGAAAUCCGAGAAAAGACCAAGAAAGAAGAAAUCCAAACACUCGGGAAUGGGACCAGUUAUUCUGAAGGAAAUACCACCGCCUCCUUGCUUACAGAAUUCAUUGGACUUCUUGAAGAAACGAAAAAUGGCGGUUCCGAGAUCAUCUGCGAUUUUGGACAACUCGAAUCAAGCGUUGCGCCUUCUUUCGGCAUCGGGUAUGUUUGGUAAGAAAUGAGAGAGAUUUGUUUAGGUAAUGAAACCUUGCUGCACAUUUUACUUGCAUUUGAGCAUGCUAUGGUGGAUUAUAUGUACUACUGAAUGCUAGUAAGCAAUUUUGGUUUCUCUCUCUUUGUAACAAUGCAUACAUUGUUAUAUUUUUGGUUUGUUUAAAAUACAACAAAGUUUGGUUUAG